AUUAAAAUAAAAAAAGUCUCGCACGUUCGUUAUUUUGUUAGUGACGCAAGAAGUGACCGGAAGAGACAAGUUUUUGUUGAAGAAGCAAACCUCAGAUAAACACAGAAGCAUGAGUGAAAUAAGUGAUUUAGACAGACAAAUAGAGCAACUGAGAAGAUGUGAAAUAAUUAAAGAGAGUGAGGUGAAAGCAUUAUGUGCCAAAGCCAGAGAGAUUUUAGUAGAAGAAAGUAAUGUACAGCGUGUAGAUUCUCCUGUAACAGUGUGUGGUGAUAUACAUGGACAGUUUUAUGAUUUAAAAGAAUUAUUUAAAGUUGGUGGAGAUGUUCCAGACACAAAUUAUCUAUUUAUUGGAGAUUUUGUGGAUAGAGGAUUUUACAGUGUAGAAACAUUUUUAUUAUUAUUAGCAUUAAAAGUUAGAUAUCCAGAUAGAAUAACAUUAAUUCGUGGCAAUCAUGAAAGUAGACAAAUCACACAAGUUUAUGGUUUUUAUGAUGAAUGUUUGCGGAAAUACGGGUCAAUAACAGUAUGGAGAUAUUGUACAGAAAUAUUUGAUUAUUUAAGUCUUUCAGCAAUUAUAGAUGGAAAGAUAUUUUGUGUACAUGGUGGGUUAUCUCCCUCUAUACAGACAUUAGAUCAAAUCCGUGCAAUAGACAGGAAACAGGAAGUGCCACAUGAUGGUCCAAUGUGUGAUUUAUUGUGGUCAGAUCCAGAAGAUAUGCAGGGUUGGGGAGUGAGUCCUCGUGGAGCAGGCUAUUUAUUUGGUUCCGAUGUUGCAGCACAGUUUAAUGAAGCUAACCAUAUAGAUUUAAUAUGUCGAGCUCAUCAGUUAGUAAUGGAGGGUUACAAAUGGCAUUUUAAUGAAACAGUAUUAACUGUGUGGUCAGCACCUAAUUAUUGCUAUAGAUGUGGUAAUGUAGCAGCCAUUUUAGAAUUAGAUGAGCAUUUACAAAGAGAUUUUACAAUAUUUGAAGCUGCACCACAGGAAUCUAGGGGAAUACCAUCAAAGAAACCACAGCCAGAUUAUUUCUUGUAAAGACUUUUAAUAACAGAGAUAUGGGAACAACUAAACUGGAUCAAUUUGUUUUUAAGGGUUAUAGAUAUAACAGGGAUAUAACAUUCUGUUACACAUGAGGAAGUCUAGGAGGAUAAUGUCAUACUCAUUUAUCAGAGGUUUUUACACCUCAGUUUUUCAUACACACAACAUUUUGUAAAAAGAUCAAAAGCACUGAAUUAUGUUGCAAGUAAACAUGUAGUUUUCUUUUGUGGAAAUAUAAAUUGUAUAAAUAGAAAAUUGUACUUUUAAACUUACUUUCAGUUUACCGAAAAUGUACAUUUAAAUAUAUGUAGUGUUUUGUUUUAUUUGUGUAUAUAGCAAUUCAUCAAUACCAUCAAAAGCAAUAAGAAAUAAAUAUGUGCAUCAGGGCUUUCUUUGACAGUAGGAUAGACGGCAAUUUACCUUGUUAGACUUUGCAUUCCUGAUAGAUUUCAAUACUAAAAACAAUAAUUCUUUCAAAACCUUGGAAAUGUCAUACAUUAUCCUUCUGUUUAUAUUUGAAUAAUUGCAUUGAAAAAGAGCCUUGUUUUACAGGAUGUAUACUCAAAUAAUAAAUGUGUGUUGUUAUAUAAAUAUGACACCAACUUCGAAUGAUCCAUUAAGUACAAAUUUGUGUCAAGCAAUUGUGGAAAUUAAUCCCUUCUACUACUAUCCCCUAUUGGUGACAAAUUGUUGUUUACAAUGACAGGAUUUAUUGUACACUUGCAUAAGGCCACAUAAACAACACCAAUCUGGAUUUUCCAGUUAUUUGGUAUUUACAAAUUGUGUAGCCCUCCAAGAUGUUGCACCUCAAUUUUUACCACCAUGUGACGUUGAAAAUAUUUGCACAAUCCUAAUUUAUUUUUCAAGUAGUUUUGUAAACUUAUAAAAGUACCAAAAUGAUAUUGACACAUUCUUUUUUUGAAUGGUUUUACAUUGAUUCCAUUCAUUAUUUUUACUAAGUCAAGAAUAUUUUUUACAAGAUGUAUUUAAAUGAAAUGUACACAACAAUUAUGAAGCUAUUUAGCAUAUAAUGUGAUGUCUAAGUUCCCUGAAACUUUACAAAUGAACAUUCAAUGUUUACGUUUUUUUUAAAUUCUGUACAUGGUUUCACAAGUGUCUCAUAUUCAAGAUUUAUGUCACUGGACUUGUUUAGUUAACAUACAAGUCAGCAAUGUUUCUUUCUCAUUUUGUACAAAUGCUUUGAAUGACUGAUGUAAAUUACUUUUGACCCCUCGAUAUUAUGUACGUUUGAUGACUUCUUGCAUUGUGUUUAUUUUAUGUAUGCAAUAUCUGUAAUACAUGUAUAUUGUUCUGAAACAGCAUUAUGAUCUGGUGUUAUUUAAUAAGGAGACGAGAGCUAUUCAAUAAUUUUAUCCAAUUUCCAAAUUGCCACAGCAAACAACAAUCAAUCGAUUCAAUUUUCAUUGUAAUUUUGUAGUAUGGUGAAGUGCUCAUCUUUUUGGGAAAGGGGUUUAGUUCAAAAUCUCCAUUGAUGAAAAAGAUUAGAAUCUUAGCUGUGUGCUAGUAGAAGAAAAAAAUAUUACUUAUAUGCAUCAGUUGUAUUACCUGUAGCGGUUCUAUAAUAUCAUUAGAUUUGAAUGAAAAAAGAUAUAAGACUUUUAUUCACAAUUCUGAAAAUAUUUGUAUUCUCUGCUCUUUUUUUCUUCCAAUUGAAAACUUUGAGCAGAAUAAUUGAAUUUAGGCAAAACUUGAUAAAUGUAUCAUAGAUUUAUAAUAACAUUUUUAGUAUAUUUCCUAACCAAGCUGAAAGUUAAGUACCCUCUUAUAACCUGACAAAUUAUUUGUGUCUAGAAGUUAAAAUAAGUUAGAAGUUGAUAUAUCAGAAAGCCAUAAUGAUCAUUUGUGUAUAAAAUCAUUUUUUAUCUUGCAGAUAUAAACUUACUUUUUUACUGAUUUUAUAUGUAAAGAUAUAAAUAGUGCUAUCAUCAUUUGUAAAUAAACAUCCCAUGAAAAUUUUAUGUACUGAAUAAUCUGGAUCUGUAAUAGGUAAAUAGUAAUUGACUCAUGUGCAAAGGUAAUGUUGAAAUUGAAGGGUUUUUUUUGUAUUGGGUAGUAUUACUUUUUACUGAGGACAUUAACCAUACAAUGUUCUUUCCAGACCAAGUAAUUGAAAGGAAUGUAAAAAAAAACAUAUCUCUAAAAAGGACUUCUUAAAACUUACAAUUUGUCUCUGUUUUCUAAAGACAAAUCUACACAUUAAUAUCAAUUACCAAUUGAAUUGUAUUAUGUGAUAUCCUUAAUGUUAUAAUAAUUGGUAUUUUAUAUUGUAACUCUAUUGUUCAGAGUUAUCAGUUAUACAUGUAUGUAAGAAUUGGAUGAACUUUUAAAAAUAUGAAGAGAGAAAAUCAAGUGAUAAUUACACUAGUCACAAAUUGUCCAAAAAUUGUAAUAUCUAAAAGUGUGACGGUAAAGUGUGAUUUAUGAACUUACAGAAUAUGGUAUAGAGGUUGUACGUGUGACCAAAAGUAUCACAAAAUUUAAGAUUUUGUCAUUGUAAAUCUAUUCAUUGAUUUUGACGAUUGAGUCAUUUGAUUUUAAUAUUAAAUUAUUUAAACAUAA